AUGGCCGCUAUACGGGAGCUUGACCUCAGUGCCUACCACUCGCACUCAAUAGCGGACAGGAUCAAUGAUGCCGUUCCUGGCCUCAAGACCAGCACCGCCUUCUUCACAUUCCUCCGCGCGAACCUGGUGCUUCCGCCCUCGGCCAUGGCCUCCAACGUGAGCACGCCGCUCUUGGAGCCGAGUGUCUCGCAGACACUACCGCCGCCCUCGCCCUCUCCUCUCGCCCAGCCGCCCCAGACCGACCUCGACGGAAUACCGCCUCUGUCACUCGACGUGUUGGCCAGCCGAGACGACAAGGUAGACGCUUUCAAGCUGGUCGCGGACAGCAUAGCGCAGCAGCGGCAGAAGGCCUCCCUCAACCUCGUCUUCCACCCUCUCCUCCUCGCCGCGCUGAUCGGCGCACUCUCCUGGGCCGGCCACUACGGCUGGGUGACGCGGUACAAAGACCUCGGCACCACGCUGCUCCUGGUCUCCGGGAUCAUCAUGACGUACCUCAUGGGCAUCCGCUACCUCAGCAGCCCCUACAUCCGCGUGGCCGAGGCCCUGAGGUGGGACUGGCUGGUGGCCGACGACGGCGAGGAGGACACGAUCAUCGGCAGCCGGUUCGGCGACGAGAUGAUCGGGGCGCUCGUGUUGCGGCUCGAGCCGAACCCCAGCCUGGCGGGCAAGAAGAAGAACCGCGCGCUCAGCCUCAAGGGCGGCAAGGGAGUGAUUCGCGCGUGGACGACCAAGCUGCGCUACAGGAAAAGGGGCGUGGGCAACGACCUGCUGCACGAGGCCGUGCGGGUCACGCGCGAGAAGUGCGGCAAGGACGCCGAGGUCGGGUUUGCGCAGGAGCACGCCAACAGCACGAUGGUGUUGCCGAAUUUCUUCAAUGGGCCUUUUAGAAAGCAGGAGAUGCAGGCUGCCAGGACCCUCGAGAAGGUUCUUGGAGAGUGGGAGGGAAAUAGGAGGAAGAGGUGA